AACCACUGACCUCAAUCUUCCAAACUUCAAAUGAAACCACACAACCGGAAACUCUUCCUCUACUAUGACUCUCCCUACGCCGCCAACGCCACCUCGUUACCACCACUCCACCUCCCCAGCACCACCAACGCCACUUCAUCUCCGCCGUCUUCAUCCAAAAAAGCACCUCAGUACAGCCCUCCUCUCGACUCCUCCAUGGCUCUCACCGUUGUUCUCCUCACAGCUCUCUUUUUCAUGGGAUUUUUCUCUAUUUAUAUUCGUCGUUUCUCUGAAGAUCCCAUAACUCAGCUCUCUCGUCGAAGACGUUACCGUGGUGGCCUACUUAAUUCGUUUCCGUUCACUUCUGAUAUUCAUCAUGUCUCGGCUCCACGCAAAGGACUUGACCCAACAACCAUUGGUUCGUUGCCUGUAAAUUCUUACCAUGGGAAUGCCAAGUACCAGAUAGAUUGCCCCAUUUGUCUGACCGAGUUUGAAGAGAAGCAGUGGCUUAAAACGAUACCGCAUUGCAAACAUGUUUUCCACGUCGAAUGUAUUGACACGUGGCUUUCUUCCCACGUUUCCUGUCCCGUCUGUAGAGGGACCAGAUUGUUAGAGAGCAUGAACGGCGGUAGCGGUGAAUUGAGUGUAAUGCAGGAGGGGAUUGAUCAUCAGUGUGUCGGUCAGUCGUUCACGGUUGAGAUCAGUGACGCGUGUACGGUGAUGGAAACGAUAUCAGGGAUGAGGAGGGUGAGUAGCUGUUCAAGUUUAGGGCUACCACCCAUGUUGCGACGAACUUUGAGCUUUUGA